AUGCAAUUCACCGAUAAGAAGUUUGUAGAGUUCCUCGCCGGCUUGGGCAUCAAACAGAAAUUCUCCUCGGUAGAGCACCCUCAGACAAACGGACAAGUCGAGUCCGCAAAUAAGGUCAUCUUGCUGGGCCUCAAGAAGCUGCUAGACAACAAGAAAGGGGCAUGGGCUGACGAGCUCGCCUCGGUCCUCUGGUCCUACCGUACAACUGAGCAGUCCGCCACGGGAGAAACCCCCUUCCGCCUGACGUACGGAGUAGACGCAAUAAUACCCGUAGAGAUCGGCGAGCCGAGCCCACUGUUACUUCUCAAGGGGGUGGUAGAAGCUGUAGAGAAGGACCUAGUAGACAAGACCAGGGAGAAGGCUCACUUGUCAGAAGUAGCACUAAAGCAAAGAAUGGCCCUGCGCUACAACACCAAAGUACUCAAGAGAGAUUUUGAGCAAAACGACCUCAUCCUACGGCGCAAUGACAUUGGCCUACCGACCCAGGGAGAAGGCAAACUGGGAAGGCCCCUACAGGGUCAAAGAAGUAAUUGGCAAGGGCGCCUACAAACUGGAGAAGCACGAUGGAAGGGAGAUCCUGAGAACCUGGAAUGUGGGUAA